AGGUUGUUGGUUCGUUGGUGGAAGCCCGUGGAUCUAUCCGCCUUCAUUUUACAGACAAAUAGGAAGGGAUGGGAUUCACUACUUCAGGAAGAGGUUAACACCAUUUUCUAAUUUCUAUUUCAGUUUCUUUAUAUUUAUUGUACUCCGUAAUAUUUUAAGUUUUUUUUGUAUUUAUGGACGCAAGCUUCCAUGGCGACGAGAGUGAUAGAUCGGAUGGGCAUGGUUUCAGGUGAUGAGAAUGCAAGGUCGAUUUCUGCUUUUGACCAUCUCCCAGAACAAAAAGAGAAACUCAUAAAGGUGGAACCACAUCUAAAGAAGCUGCUCCUAGACGUAGAAUGUCAAAUUGGAAGGCAACUCUAGAAUUUGAGGUAAACAUUGAGUAUGUUGGAUGGAUUAUCUUCAACAUUGAUGGAACACUUUAUCUAGAUAGUGUGGUGGGAAAAGAUUCUCACACAACCAUGAUUGAUGGCCUACAAGUUACGGGUUGUGGCGUAGGAGGCAUUGAAGCAGAACAGCAGGAAAAAAUCCCGCCCAAAUGCUAUAUCAACCGUCAAGCCAUGAUCUCUCAAUUACUCGGAUAAGGUAGGCACCACGUUCUUCCCACACAUACGCUUUCAAGUCUCAAACGUGCGUGAUUUUUCUUCACCCUCAAUCACGCCAUGAGCCUUGGACGGAUCCUUAGAGUCGGAAGGGAGACGACGGUGAUAGAGGGGAUAGCGAGGGCAGAUGCAUCGUAAUCAGGAGUUGCUGCUGAAUACAAUUGUCGCCGGCGACCUUGAAUAAUAUUUGCUCGGGAAAUUGACCCCCUCAGGACGGGCAAUUUGGAUGGGAUUCGGGUAGAAACUGGGAGCCAUGGAUGGGAUGAUUUUAGCCUACCUCUUGGAUGACGGUGACUCUGGCUGUGAACUAGAUGGCUUACCUUUGCUACAUUAUUUUGGCUUACCUAUUGGAUGACGGGCAAAACUAAAUAUGAAUUGUCAAGGACAACUUCGGGAGUCACAUCCAUUCCUCAAUGAACUGACAAACAUGUUUGAGCGAACUAUGAAAAAGGGUUCUGUUUUGGUCACUCUUAAACACUGUAAUUUAUUCUUGAUAUUCGUAUUACAUUUCGUUGUUGCGUUAUUUAUUGAUUAAAAUAGUAACAUUCUCAAUCAUGAGUGUGCAGCUUCUAAUAAGUCCAAAUCUCAACGAAAUAAAAAUGAAGACUGCUGGUGAAAAAAAUGAACAUAGGCGGCUCACUUUGUUGCUCACAUGUUGGCAUGUUGCGAUGAUAAAUCUUUUGUAAUUGCCCAAAAGAAUAACUUCUUUGUGAUAAUUGAUAAAACACAAGGCAUCCCCUAGUUAAAUACAGUGUCUUACAAGCGAUCUUAUUGCAUUCAAAAUUUUGAUGAAUAAAAAUUUUAUUUUAUUGGUGGGGUGUGCCGGGCCAAGGAAGUAGUGCAAGCCCAAGGCGACACACGAAAGCCCAAAUAGCAAGCUACUCUAACGGGCCUUCCCCUUAAAAAAUUGAGUUAAUAUCGUGUGGGCCGAUGGCCCACAUAUCAGAUAUUAAACUGAUAAGAACAGAUACUACACUUGAUCUUAGCCAAAAGGCCGAGAAAGUAUAUAAACUAGAAAAAAAUUUCUCAUUAAUUUGGUGGGGCGUGCCGGGCCUAGGAAGUAGUGUAAGCCCAAGGCGACACGUGAAGGCCCAAGUAGCAAGCUACUUUAAUGGGCCUUCCCCCUUAAAAAUUGAGUUAAUAUCGUGUGAGCCAAUGGCCCACAUAUCAGAUAUUAAACUGAUAAGAACAGAUACUACACUUGAUCUUA